AUGACUACAACACGUGGUCGCUACGUCGAUAAAACAACACCAUCCAACCGUUCGGUAGGAGGGCUGCUGAGUAGGCUUGGCUACAAGCGUCGUAGAGGCAGGAUCAAAACGCCGCCGUUGAACGCCGAAAGACUUGUUGAGAUGGACAUGGCAAAGAGGGCAGAGAAUGCUGGGUUAGCAGUGAUCGUGUACACGGACGAGAGUUUUGUCCACCAGGCUCAUGGUUCCCCGUAUUCUUACUUUCCUUCGGACGAGAAUGGAGUUGUGCAGGAUGGGAUUGGUCGCAAAACACGGAAGGGCUUGCGCAUGAGCAUGGUGCAUGCAAUCACCAAGUGGGGGGCGUUGGCUAAGUUUUGUGAUGGGUUUCCGAUCGAAGAGGGUUGGUUCAAGGAAACUGGUAGCGGCAAGAACACAAUGGGAGAUGAGGAGACAGCAAAGUUUCUGUGGCAGGCUAAGUUGGCAAAGNAUGUUGCUGUAGUCGAACGGUGA